AGUACUAUGGUGCAUGUCGAUUCGUUGUUUUUCAAUCUUCUUUUUCCUUGGGGAGGUGAUGGUGCAAAGGCAGACAAAAAGUAAUGAAAAUUUAGCAAUCCGAAAUCAGUUUAGAAACCACAAGCUUGUCAUUUGUUAUAUUUCGAAAUCAAUUUGAGCUGCAAAGUUUUCCUAACUGCAUUCAAAAUUGAGACCCAGGGAGAAACUGCCAGGAUGUCUGGUGAUCAGAAAACCCUCAUCAAGGGCAAUCCUUCGCAGUACGUGAAGUUAAAUGUGGGUGGAUCGCUUCAUUAUACUACAAUCGGAACGCUUUGUAAACAGGAUACUAUGCUUCGUGCUAUGUUCAGUGGCCGCAUGGAAGUGCUCACCGAUUCCGAAGGUUGGAUUCUUAUAGACCGAUGUGGCGGCCACUUUGGAACGAUUCUGAACUUUCUGCGUGAUGGUAGUGUAGCGCUUCCGGAGACCACCAAAGGUAUUGCCGAGCUGCUUGCCGAAUCCAAGUAUUACUGCAUUGAAGAACUAGUCGAGGCAUGUGAAAAGAUUCUUGCAAAGAAGGAACGCGAUUCACGUGAGUCGGAGCCGAUCUGUCGGGUUCCGCUGAUUACGUCCCAAAAAGAGGAGCAAUAUUUAAUUACCACUGCUACUAAACCAGUUGUAAAGUUGUUGAUCAAUCGCCACAAUAACAAAUACAGCUACACAAAUACUUCGGAUGAUAAUCUCUUAAAGAAUAUUGAAUUAUUUGAUAAGCUUUCAUUGCGGUUCAGUGGUCGCGUUUUCUUCAUUAAGGAUGUGAUCGGGUCCAGCGAAAUAUGCUGCUGGUCAUUUUAUGGCAAUGGCAAGAAGGUGGCAGAGGUAUGUUGCACUUCGAUAGUGUACGCUACUGACAAGAAACAUACCAAGGUUGAAUUUCCCGAGGCACGCAUUUUCGAAGAAACAUUGAACAUUCUGUUGUACGAGAAUAAAAACGCACCGGAUCAAGAACUUAUGCAGGCAACAUCGCUGCGAGGGGCCGUUGGUGGCAUUUCCUCCUACACUAGUGACGAAGAAGAAGAACGUACCGGGCUGGCCAGAUUGCGUUCCAACAAGCAGAAUAAUCCUACAUGAUUUACACAUCAACUAGCACUAAGAGAGAAGUUGUUGCCAAAGAGAAACUGAAGCGGUGUAUGCAAUUAGUUGAGUGCAACAGAUGAGAAUUUUUUGUUAUUUUGCUGACAAAUCGCAGUCAUCAGUAAGUUCCACUUUUUUCAUUUUUUAAGUUCACAAUUUAAAAAAAUGUGAACAAUAAACAUGAAAAUUCACUAUUGUUUCGGACAACAUAUAUCUGAUGGAUGAGACAUAAAGCAUACAAUAGAAUUGUGGUUUCAAGUGAAGAAUUUUUCAACCACUCAAAUUAGACAUUAAAUAGAAUACAACUGGCUGCUGUCUCAAAAAUAGGUCCAAUAAAAAUGUAAAACGUAUUCAUAUUGUGUUCUAUACUGUAUUGUGUGUUGCAAGAAACAAAAUUGAUUGUUCUGGCAAAUAGUUUUUCGUUUAAAAAUUACAAUUUAUUAAUUAUUUAAAUUGAUGUGAGACUGGUUUUAUCCAUGAAACUAACCUUUAACGAUAAAACAGGUAAUAUAGGAGCUAUUAAAUGUUCACGAAAUAAAAUAUUGAUAAUAAAAAAAAUUAAAAUUUA